GUGGCAAGAUGCUGCGACCGGGCCAAACCUGCAGACCAGUUUGACAGCGUGGAGCCGAGCACUUUCUGUGAAGUAGCAUUAAACGAGUUGACGCGUCCUUAAAUUGAAUUACUAGAAUAUUUGAAAGACUGCAGCUCUUGUACCUCCAAUGUAAGUCUUGCUAUUGUUAUGUAGUGUGAUCUUUCGUGUACGCAAGAUUGUGUUUAUCCAAUGCUAACUAGCAACGCGACAGCAACAAUCAGGAAGUUAAACCCACGAUGGAGCCUGUAAUUCAACGCGUUCGGCACAAAGUCUUCUGGACGCUCUACAGAACAGGACGAAGGAGCCACUCGAGCUAUGCUGAGCCUGCUGUUACAGCUGCCUCCACUUGCACCAAGAAAAUGAAAGCCCCACUCCUGGUCUCUCGUCUCUAUCAGCCAUCCAACUUGCGUGACUUGGGCCCUGACAACCGAAUUCAAGGAGAAUUUACAUGCAAGAGCCAGAGGCUCAUGCAGCGGGCAGGACUCAUUCAUCCUUCAAAUCCAGGAUGCUACUACUACCUUCCUGCUACUGUGCGCUCCAUGGAGAAACUGGUGAGAGUGAUUGACCAGGAGAUGCAGCAGAUCGGUGGACAGAAGCUGGACAUGCCCAGUUUGUGUACCGCUGACCUUUGGAGAACCAGUGAGCGUUGGGACUUGAUGGGAAAGGAGCUGUUUCGUCUGCAAGAUCGUCAUGGUGUCAGCUACUGUUUAGGACCCACUCACGAGGAGGCCGUAACCACUCUGGUGGCUCACCAGACCACCCUGUCUUACAAACAGCUGCCUCUAUUGCUCUACCAGAUCACCCGCAAAUUUCGUGAUGAGCCAAAGCCAAGGUUUGGUCUGCUUCGAGGAAGGGAGUUUUACAUGAAGGACAUGUACUCCUUUGAUGUCAGUGAGGAAGCCGCCUACGAAACCUAUGAAUCUGUGUGUCACGCAUACACUCGGAUCUUCGCACGACUAGGCCUGCGUUGCGUGCAAGUGCAGGCCGAUACAGGGAACAUAGGUGGAAAACUCUCGCAUGAGUUCCAGCUGCCCGCAGACAUUGGUGAGGACAGACUUCUGCUUUGCGGGAGCUGCUCUUUUUCUGCCAAUGUAGAGACAAUGGUGUCUGACAAAACUGACUGUCCACAGUGUAAAACUGGUACUCUUACCGAGUCCAAAGGCAUUGAGGUCGGCCACACUUUUUACCUAGGCAAAAAGUAUUCAGAGAUUUUUAACGCCACAAUCAGUAAUGCCCAAAACAAGCCGAGUAUUGCGGAAAUGGGCUGCUAUGGCCUUGGCGUCACACGUAUUCUCGCCGCGGCUAUCGAAGUGAUGUCAACAGAUGAAAAUAUCCGCUGGCCAGGUCUUCUUGCCCCUUAUCAAAUUUGUGUUUUACCUCCCAAGAAGGGCAGCAAGGAGGCUGAUGCGACAGAUGUGGCUGAAGAGCUUGUCCAUGCAAUAGGACAGAGUUUGCCUCAUCUGAGAGGUGAGGUUGUUCUUGAUGACCGCACGCAGAUGACCAUCGGCAAAAGGUUGAAGGAUUCUAGCCGAUUGGGCUACCCCUAUGUUGUUGUGGUUGGACAGGGGGCACUAGAGAAGACACCCAGGUUUGAGGUGAUCUGUCAUCAGACUGAUGAGAAAAUGUUUUUAAGUAGAGAUGAGUUAUUCUCUCUUUUGGGAAAAGUAGAGAUUAUAUGAUUGAAAUUUGGGUUGAGUUCUCGAUUAGGUUAAAUUCCUGCAUUAAAGUGGCUGAAUUUUAUGGAUAUAGGACAUCCAGGGAGUUGGACCAAGGACUCGCAGAAGACCUGGACCAUGUGCUACAAAGAGUGUCAUAAUUUGUAAAACCAAAGAAGAUCCUUUAUCUCUACUGCCUCACAAGAGUACUGAAGCGUAUCCGAGCUGACUGAAGUGUAAACAAGAGAGUGAAACAACCUGCCACACUCGCAGUCAUAUCAAAUACAAUUUAGAGCGUUUGACUGACUUACCAUGCAUGUUUUUGAGGAAUGCUAAGAUACCAGAGUAUCCAGAGAAAAUCCACGUACAUGCAUACUUCAUACAGAAAGGCCGAAACAUGAGAUGAAACACUUAAUCUCAGAGCUGUGAGACAGACAUGCUCCCUAGCCAUCAACCGUGCCUCUCCAAAGAGGAACCACAUCUGAAUUUGCCUGACUGCAUAACUGAACUAUAAUCUCACAUGGUUUAUAUAGGGUGAAAUAUUAUGGAUGUUUUAUUCUCGAUGAAAAAACGGAUUCACUUUUAAUUUUUUUAUUUAAAACUUUUUCAGUGCUGUUGACAUUGAUGGACAUCUAUUCAUGUAUCUUUUCAUUCUGCUGUGAAUUGAAAUUAGUUUGUCACUUGUUUUGCCCUCCCACUUCAAAUGGAUUGGACGUCUAGCACAGUCAAUGGCAGCCAGUGAUUUAACUGCGAGGCCAUACUAAGAAAUCAUGUGUACACAUUUGACUGUUUUAUAAAUUACUCAAAUUAUGAAACAAUCGGGUACUUGUCAAGCAAACUUGAGUCCGAUGCCAGUGCCAGAUUUGGGGACAGUGGUAGGCUACAAAGUCUGCUGUUUGUACAGUGGUGUGAAAAAGCUUGGGCACCCCUGACAAUUUCUAUUUCAUUUAUUAAUCAUUAGGUGGCAUUAGGGUUAGUGGACUAACAGAAGAUGCGCAAUGUGCAUCAAAACAAAAUGACACGGUGCAAAAAUAUGGGCACCCCAAGAGAGAAGGUAACAUUCAGUAGAUCUUCCUUUUGUGAAAAUAACAGCUUCUAGAUGGCUUCAUAGCUUAAACUCCUAUGCCAAUUUUGGUUUCCAAUCAACCAGUGCUAAGAAGUUUUAAAAUCAACCACAUGUCAAGGGUGUCCAAACAUUUUUCAUUUGCGUAAUUUUGUUUUGAUACAUAUUGCAUAUAUUGUUAUUCUAAUAAACCUAAUUUCACUUUUGAAAUAUUACUCUGUCCAUCUGUUUUUUGACACAUCAGAAUGAAGUUGCUGAAUUAUUUAGAAAUAAUGGACAUUUUACAAGCAGUCCAAAAUGUUUAUAACACUGUAUGCAAGGGCUUAGGUUUGCAUAGGGACGGUGGGGACAUACUGUAACACUACCAACUUUUCUGGAUGCUCAAAUUGUCCGCACCAACUUUUAAGCAACCU